GAGCGCGGGGCGGUCCCGCAGCCGGCCGGAGAAGGGCGGAAGGGGAAACAGGAACAGCCAUGGAUAGAUGCAGGAUUCGAACACAGGAUUCCAGGGGUGAACGGCUCUUGCACUGACCCCUGUGCGACUUUGCCCGCCUGCCCAGUCUGAGCUGAUUUGAGCUGCCAGAAUCCGUCGGUUGUAGCCAUCACUUAUACCUUAUUGACUGCCGGUAUAGUCAGCUAAUUGACUAUACUUGCAAUUCAACACUGAGACUAUUUGAGAGAACAAAUAACCAAGCUCAGCCAGAUUCAUUGUCUAAAGACAAAGCAGCACAGUAUAAGAAAGAAAGAGUUAAUACCACACCAGUCGUUCCCAGGAAGCAAAUUCUCACAACAUGGUCAGUUCGCCUUAUACACAUGGUGUGCUUCCCAAAUGCGCCCUGAAACUUGCCACCUUUGAUAGCAUGGCUGUUUACAAGUCACAGCACUGUUCACGUCACUUCACGUUUAAUUAGCCAGCUUCAUCUCUGGUGCCUCCCUAUACUUGCCCAUCUUUGGUUUUGAAUAUUAAAUUCCAAACAUAAAGGGGCAUGAAGACACGCCCUAAUGCAAAGCAGUCACACUUCUUACGUUAUUUCUUUGCACCACGUUGCUCCCGUGGUUCAUAACACUUGUACAUCUAGCUUUGGCAGUUUUUGUGUUUGUCAAAGCCCAGUGCCACGCUAUAUUUGUCCUGGGGCAUUGUGAGAUAUAUGCCUUAGCAUGUGCGAGCAAGAACAGGCAUAGUACAAUUUAGCAUGAUUACCCAACACAUACAUGUUAGGUAUUAUAUGCAUGGUAUUAAUCUAUUAAUAUGGGGGGUGGGGGAAGUGUGUGUAUAUGUGACCAUAAUGCCUGGAGAGGCCUCACCGAGAGUGCUUAAUCAGGGCAAACUACAAAGAAUGGGGCAGGCAUUCCCCCAAAGUGGUGGUCCUUCCUAUAAUUAGAUUUACCCAGACAGUAACAAAAGAGCUUCUAUAUUACCUUACUGGUUACCAAGAAGCCCAAAAAUACAGUUUCCCUUAAACAAUUCAGCCCUGGAUUCCCACCCAGACAGCCAAGUCAAAUGUAGUGAGGAUUACUUAAAAUCGUUUUCACCAUAUAUAAAGUUCUACCAAUCCCAAGAGGUCGGACCCAUUACCCAGCAGGUCCAGCAACAUGUUUGAGGUGCCAUUGCCUCUGGAUCGAGAUGGGAUCCUCUUCCGGCUCCGCUUUACCACCCUGGCUGUCGGGACCGUGUGUUGCCCGCUGUUUGGAUUCCUUUUCUGCGUGAUCUGGUCUCUGCUGUUCCACUUCCAGGAAACGACAGCUACUCACUGCGGUGUCCCCAAUUACCUCCCCUCCAUCAGCGCCGCAAUUGGCGGCGAGACCCCUCAGCGCUACGUGUGGCGUCUCUGCAUUGGCCUUCACUCCGCGCCCCGCUUCCUGGUGGCCAUCGCCUACUGGAACCAUUACCACAGCUGUCACUGCACGCACCCUCGCUACCCGCGGCUCUGCCGCAUCAACUUCACCCUCAACGUGCUCGAAAACCUCGCCCUCCUUUUGCUGACGUACGUGUCUUCCUCGGAAAACUAUGCAAUCCACGAAAAUUCCUUCAUCCUCUUUAUCACCUCGGCCCUGGGUCACAUGCUCCUGACUUGCAUUCUGUGGCGGAUGACUAAGAAACACACAGAAGCGGUUCUGUGGACGGGGGAAGCUGGAGUCGCACCUCGGGGCCAGGAGCGCAAGUCCUACAAGUGGAAGCUGCUGCUCUUCCUCUUUAACCUCGUCACGUUCUCCUUGGCUGUGUGCGUCUACUUCCACCACAACUGGUACUGCGAGGCCGGAGCCUAUACCAUCUUCGCUUUCCUGGAGUACCUGGUCGUCCUUUCCAACAUGGCUUUCCACAUGACCGCCUGGUGGGACUUCGGCAACAAAGAGCUGGUGGUCAGCUCCCAGCCAGAAGACAAACGUUUCUAGGGCGGCCUUGUUGCCCGUGCUGCCGACGGCAUCUGGAGUCCUGCAGUUGGUGCGAGUGUUGGGACCAGAUGAGCUCCUGGGAGCGACGCUGGGCAGGGAGGACCGUGAUGUGCUUUGAGAGGAAACCAAAAGCGCCCUUCGUUGAGACAUCGCCAGGACCUCCCUGUUCUUGCGCUGCUGCGGCCAGGAUCCUGAUAAAAAUGCCUCCAGAAAUACCGGAGGGUGGGGAUUAUAGGGGAGUGGGAUGAUUACGCACAAAUAACACAGCAGCCUCUCCAUGGAUCUGUCAUUCCUAUCAAGUGCCAGGACAGGAGCAGUUAGUGGGAGCCGAGGGGGCAGGACCCAGGUGAGUCGACGGGGUAAGAUGUUGGUCCGUGUGGCUAGGAAUCCUCCUUCUGCAAGGCCGACUGAUGCAGGGAUGGGAUCUUCUUUACUGCCCCGCCUGGCUCAGCACAGCACCUUUCCCGCCCCUGCUGCCUCACCAGGGCUCUUGCCGCAGCCCCAGACUCUCGGCAGGAACCACCACGGGUAACAGUCUUGUGCUGAUUGACAAUGGAGAUUCCUUGCUGUGGCCCUGGGAUUGGAACAGGACUUCUCCAGAGGGAGGGUCUCCGUUGAGCUCCUGACCCCCACUUCCGCUUCCCAGUACUCCCUUUAAAGCGAACAAGAUGGAAGGAAAGGCUGAGAAUACUGGAGGAAAACCCCUUGCAAGGCAUUCAGUGUUGCUCAUUCUCAGCACCUUGGAAUAACUUCCAGUUCCCCUUCACUCAGACAUCAACUUGAGGGGUCACUGAAGCAGGACCUGGCUGCUUUUUCUGCAUUGCCUUGGGCUGGCUAUUCCUCCCUGUGUUUUCUCCCCCCUCCAGUCCAACAGGUCGGCUUUGUUCACCCUGCAGAAUCCUUGGCCAAGGCCUCCAAAGGUGCUGUGACAGAGUGCUGAUGGGCCAACACUCUGAUCGUUUCCGUGUGACGGCUGAUUGAGGAGGUAGGGAGGAAUUAGCUAAUCAGGUGGGGAGGCGGGCUGAGAUAGGGAAUUCCUUGGAUAAAAGGCAGGGAGGCCGUGCUGGGGUGGCAGGAGACAGGGCUAGGAGAUCCCAAAGAAGAGAGAUCUGGUUUCCUCCCGGGGCCCUGCUGAACAGGGUCUGAAGGCAAGAGAGUCGUAGAGCUUGGGCAGGGUGUGUUGCAUUGGCCCGGUGUUGGUGGAGGGGACUUGAAUAAAUUAUACAGAGAGGACACUAAGAGAGGCUGAGCAAUUCCUGGGGCGGCCAAGGAUCGGGGGGGGAUACGCCCCCGUCACAGGUGGGACUAGUGACUGCGGGGGGAGGGAGCUCAACCUUCAAUGGGCCAGAAGCCCAAAGCGCAGAGCACCUGGCUUCUGAGAGAUGUUCCCCUUUAAGGCCUCUCAGGCUGAGCACCCAAAAAGGUAAGAUGUCCCCCCUGUCCCGUCCUGUCCCCUCCCCCCCAC